AUGGAUCAAUUUCUUGCUCUUCUUCUUUUUCUCACAUCUCUCUUCACUUCCCCUUUUGUGCUCAUUGCUCAAUCUCCAACUCCAAUUAUCUCUCAUAUCAGUGUAGUAGGAGCUGUUUAUUGUGAUACCUGCUCCACCAGCACUUUUUCUAAACAAAGCUACUUCUUGCAAGGUGUUGAAGUUCACAUACAGUGCAGAUUUAGAGCGACCUCACCGAAAACUAGCGAGCAGAUAAGCUUCUCUGUGAACAGAACAACAGACCAAUAUGGAGUGUACAAGUUGGAGAUACCAUCAGUGGAUGGAGUUAACUGCAUGGAUGGUUCAGCAAUUGUGUCACUCUGCCAAGCAUCUUUGAUAAGUAGCUCCACUUCCACUUGCAAUGUUCCCUUUCUCAAGAGCACAACACGCGAGAUAUCAGUCAAAUCAAAACAAGAUAACCUGUGUGUCUACACCUUGAGUGGUCUGAGUUACAAGCCACCUCAAAAGAACACUACCUUGUGUGGACAUAUGAAUGAGCAACUGUCUUUGGAAAACUCUCUCAACCCCUCAGAGUUCUUCUUCCCUUGGCCACAGCUACCAUUCCCUCCCUUGCCUCCUUUUCCGUCCUUACCCUUUCCUCCACUGCCAUUCCCAACCUCACCACCAAUCCCAUCUCUGCCUUUUCCUUUCCCACAAUAUCCUCCAACCCCAUCCGCCUUUGCUCCUCCACCUUUCAAUUUGAAAGACCCUACAACUUGGCUACCUCCCAUCCCUUCCCUCUCUCAUACUCCACCACCCCCACCUGCUUUUAAUUUAGGGGACCCCUCCACCUGGAUCCCUCAUAUUCCCCCCUCACCUCCUCCUAAUAUACCACAACACCAAACUCCCUAG